UGUCAUCGCUGUCUGUCAAAAAGUUACCAGCCUGAUUACGAACACAGGUUAGAAUAAGGAUUGUAAACAUUAUUUUAUAAGUAAUUUAUAUCUUUCAGUAGAUUGUUAUCGUAACUAUUUGUAAAUGUUACAAAAAAAGCAUUUAAUCAGUUUAGAAAAAUGAGCUGCACCAAGGGAAACACUAACCGAACUAGAGCUCAAAAACACCAAAAUAAAACUGCAUUCAAAAAUAACUUGCAUGACACUAGUAAGAAAACUAAAAUCUUAAAUUCAUUAGAAGUAACGGGGGUAUGUACACGAUGCAAGGAAAUCAUUGAAUGGAAAAUUAAAUUUAAGAAAUAUAAACCACUGGCUGCACCUAGAAAAUGUAUUGGGUGUGAACAAAAAACUGUUAAAUACGCUUACCAUGUGCUUUGCACUAGUUGUGCCGCUGAUAAAAAAGUUUGCGCAAAAUGUAAUAAAGAUAUCAAUAGUAUUCAAGAAGAAAUCGAACAAAACGGGGAUACCAAUGAAAUCAAGCUAAAGUCAAUGUUAAAGAGUUUGCCAGAAAGAAAGCGCAGAACAUUGUUAAGGAUUUGGAAAAAACAAGAUGAAAGUACCAGUGAUGAUAAAUUGUUACAAAUUGAAGAUUUAUUGUCAAAAUUAGAUAACAGCACAGAUGAUGACUUUUGUGGUAGUCUUUCCAGUUCGGAGCAGAGCCUUUCUGAGAAUGAGAUUGAAUAAAAGACCAUUUUCCUUAUAAACGUUUAAUUUGCACAUUAUUAGAAUUAAGACUAAAAAGUUAUUCAUACAUCAUUCAAAUUAAUGGCAACAUUAAUUCCUUGUGUAAGUAGAAAUGCGCAUUUCAUUACAUUUUUGUAGUACAAGGAGCCUUAAUGUAAGUGGCCUCUUAAAAAUACCAUAUUUAUUCUGGCGCGUAAUCCUUGUUUUACAAAAUCACACAAGGUUUAAAUUAGUUAUUAAUUUGUUUUAUGUACCAUAUAUUUUUAAUGUGCUAUAAUUAUUUUACUUAUAGUUAUUAUAUCAAGGAAAAGUUUUUACAAGAGUGGGACAUUCAUUAAUAUUCCAAACAAAUGAUAUUAAAGAAACUGGUGGUAAAUAAAAAAAUAUUAUUAGUUUGUUAUAAUUGAUUUUUAAUUGGGCGGAAGUGUCCCGGGGUUCAUUUUACAUUUCUAUGUAAAUUUAUAUAAAUCAACAAUUUAUUUUUGUUUAUACCAUUACAAUAUUAUAAAUAAA